CAGUAUACAGCAUUCAAGUCGGUCUCGAGUAAUCACGUUGGGCAUUCUUCAGUACUAACACAAACGAACGGACGAGAGUAUCAUCCUUUACCCCUUCUUUCUGCCACCUUGCAUUCGCCAGCCAGCCAGCCAUCAUGCCGGAUACCUCCAUUCUGUAUUCUGCGGCCCCUUAUCACAUCAUCAGUUAUGGCGUCCUCCUGGGUGCCGAGACCUUCCAGUCCUUCAUCGGCGGCAUCAUAGCCUUCAGAGUUCUUCCCCGACCACAAUUUGCAACUCUGCAGCAGGCCAUUUUCCCCAUAUACUUCUCACUGCAAACCGCACUUCCUGCAAUCCUGGCAUUGACAUUUCCCGCUGAACGGACAGCGAUUGGAAUGACGGCAUCGAGUGUUUCUGGCGUCCUUGAACCUCAAAACAGACUUCACGUGUUGACACCGUUGGUGACAAUCUUCCUGACCGGGUUAGCCAAUGCCGCGUAUGUCGGACCCGAAACGACCAAGUGCAUGCGAGAAAGAAAACAUCAGGAGACAAGAGACGGAAAGAAGAGUUAUGAUUCUCCUCCCCACAGUAAGGAGAUGCAAAAGUUGAACGAGAAGUUUGGUCGCCUCCACGGAAUAUCGACACUCCUGAACCUGGUGGGUUGGGCCGCAACCGUCUGGUAUGGAUUCUAUUUGGCGGAUAGAAUCUCUUAGCCUUUGCUCGGUAUAUCUGGAGGGAGGAAUUUGCCCUCUGGUCCCUGAGUGUGCUGAAGCAAUGAGGUGGAUCUCCACAGUGUGCCUUCCAUGAGCUGGAUGUUCCAACCAUUGGAUAAACAACACGAAAUCUCGAUUUUGGUCAUUUUGACCACUUGCAUUAUGCAUCCUGGAAUACAAUACUACGACGUUCAUCCAUGUUUAGCGACCGCCGCAGAUGGCAUCAACUUGGCCUUUCAUGUCAUACCCGAAGAACCAGAUCUUGCCAUGCUGACGAUCAUUUCAACUAACUCAAUAGCCAUGUCUCCCGACACUGCACACUACGACUAAGGAAAUCUUUUAGUCAGAUUAGAGGAUAUUUCACAUUUACUUCCGCAGCUCAAGCUUUAUCCUGUCAGAGAGGCCCGGCUUGCCGAGCACUUCUUCCAUCUUCUCGGUGUCACUUCCAAGAUGCUGUGCUCUGGCGACAUGUUCUUGAUAUUCGCUCUGUCUCCGGCAUGACCUUUGUCGUGGAUCUCGCUCGUCGUCUGCAUCGGCAAGGGAAAGCACCGGCCUACUCGACGCAUCCUUGCAUAAUCCCUCAAAAGAAUCGUCCACGAGGACCUGCUCCCCAUCCUGCAGUCCUCGAGAUGUCCAGAAGCAUGAAUUUCAAAUGACUAGGCGGUGUUUCCAUCACCGUUUCGAGGAUCAAUGUGGAGGCCCUUGUAGGGGUUGAGCCGGCAUUGAAUGAAAAUUCCUGAGCACUGCGGACGACCUCAAUUAACGGAUUCAAUCAACAACAAGCGCAUUUACUCCCACCAGAUACGGAAGACGAUUUAUUUCACUGCGUCGGCCGGAGUGAGGGACACAUUACCAUUGAGCAGACAACUAGAGCAUUGGAUUCGUCGGUCAGUUUGCCACUGUGGAAGAGAUCACAGGGGUCAUCAUUUCCUCCUCCCGUCUUCCAUGGUAUUGGCCAACCGAUUAGUGUCAGAUAGGCGUGGCCACUGUCAUUAAUCAGAACGCAUUGCGAAGAGUCAGCAGGAUCCCCCUGCGCCUUCCACCCUUAUUGGUAUGCAAUCCGAGACACUCUGGACCUCAUUGGCAUCGACCUUGAAAGUAAUAUACUGCUUCUACCGGCCAAUGUCUGACUUCUCUCACCAUCUUGGGGCAGUGUUAUCGACAAAUACUUACGAAACAGAUACAUGGAAAAGUGUUAUGCUGAUUGCAUGAAAACGGUGGUCACUUAUUAUGCAACAAGCAACGCAACGAGUCUGCUCAUCACACGUGCCUCCUAGGUACAGGACUAUCAUAGGUUGGUUGCCUUUUCAGACGUUUUGGAACAUUAGCACUUUCAGCCUAGAAUUUCAGCUCGUCUACCGCCUGGCGAGAGGCGAAACCAGGUGGAGCACUCAUGCAAGCCACCGCUGACGAACUGACAACGGCAAAUGCUUUAUGAUUUCGCAACGGGGAACUUCCGAACGAACCCCCCGCUGUAGCGAGGGCAAUGAUGAAAAUGCCGGCGGUCGCCCCGCCCAAGUGACGGCACAGCGCGCUCUCGACUGCACCAUCCGGGGAGGGCUCUCGCAAGAAACUGCAUCAUGAACGCCGGGAGUGAGGAGGGGAAGAUCGUCGAUACAUGACCAAGUCCUCCGGAGUCUUCCGACCUAGUAUCGACAGUGGCCGCAAUAACCGCAGUCUGACGCCUAACAGGCGGUGAAGUCUAUCCAUGAAUCGUCGGAAUCGUUCCCUUUGUCACCGGCAGCAUGAUCACUAUACGAACAAUGGUCAUACUCGUCGGACUCAUGGCCGUCACCAUAGUCAGCUUGUCCGACUGCCGGGACAUCAUCACUGUUAUUGGACUCUUGCAUGGGCGGACUAUCUUCCCCAAGCCACCAUGAUCGCAGGCUGGCAGGGAUUUCGUCACAAACCUCUCCCGUCACGUGCCGGAUCUCCAAUGGCCCCAUGUCUGAACGGCACAGCUCUAGGCUGGUCUGGGAUGCCUUUGCUAUAUCCACAAGCCUAUAAAGAAGUGAAGCAAGCCGCCCGAGAUUCUCUGCAUUGUUGGCUUCCCAUUGCUCUGUCGCUGGACGCAUAUCCAUUUUAUCAAUGUCUUUGAAAGUGCCCCGAGUAUGAAAGCCUGCCAUGAGAGUUGAUACCUGGCAAAAGUACAGUUUUGGGAUGAGCACGGAUGUGUCAAUCACUUUUUUGGUUGUCCAUGUGUUGAAGUCGAACGCAUUCCGUGUCUUGAUUUCAAAGAUGGACCCUUGGGAGACUGCGCCGCGACCUGUUCGACUGAUUUGAAGUCCGUCUUCUCCGAACGGAGCCAUGUGACCAUGAAGGAAAUUGUGCUUUAAUUGGGAUAGAAGUUUGUCAGCACCGGUCAUCGAUGGAUCUGAGUCUUUUUCCCCGCCAUAAUAGCCGUCAACCUCGAAACGGACCAAAAGACGCAGCCCACCGAAGCCGUAGUGGAUGAUUCUCUGGUGAGAAACCGAGGUCUUGACGUCCUGCUCCCACAAGGUGUAUGCAUUAGGAAAGGUAUGGCCAUAACCUUGGCUGGCGUUAUUUCGCCUACCUGGGUUUUUAUUUCGCACACCCGCCAAACUGUAAUAGGGUAAGAUUAGCGGUAUGCCAUUUCAGGUAAUUUUUGGGUGUUUAUUUCGCACAAUAGCGCGUAUAGACGCGUUAAGUGCUUUCGAUGUUAUUACCGCCUGUUACUAAACUAUAAACGUCUAAUUAUAUAGGCACCACUAAUUUUUUACUGUAACUACUAUAGAUUAAUACCCUAUCUUUAA